AUGGAGAGCCUGAAGGACGUAGUCAUCUCCCUCAUCUCCUCCUUGGACGCAUCCUUGCACAAGAAAUCGAGGCGGCAGCACCAGCAGCAGCAGCAAGGGCUGCAGUGGCUGUUCAUGGCGAGCAACGCGCACCACGUGCUCAAACAAGCCGAGAGCUCAGAGACGAUGAGGCUCCUGCUCGGCCAUGGCUGGAUCCUGGAGCGCCGGGAGCAGCUGGACGGCCACAUCGCGAGGUACCUCGCCGCGUCGUGGGAACCCCUCCUGUCCUGCUUCCAAGAAGCCGCCGACGACGACGACGGAGACCACCAUGCCGGAACAUCCAGAAUUCCUCUGAUCUGCUUUGGCGCCCGAGCUACGUCGUCGUCGCCGUCGCCGGCGGCCGCGGCGCGGACGAUGAUCACAAGAUUCAACGUGGAAUUCGAGGAGACGUGGAGCAUCCAUAGGGCAUGGAAGGUGGAAGACGGCCAGCUCCGCGACCGCAUGCGACGCGCCGUGGCGGGAACGAUCGUUCCGGCCUACCGUGAGUUCUUGGAGAAGCGCCGCCGGAGGGUUCUCCCGGAGUUUGUCAGGUUUAGUGCUGAGGAGAUGGAGGAGCGGCUGUCGGAGCUGUAUGAAGGGUGA